CGUUUACUUCCAUGUACAGAGCACAAAGCCUCAGACUGUCAGUCACGUCUAGACAGAGACCCGGUCAUGUAAUGUUUUAGUGAGUCUUAUAUAGAUUAGAGAUGUUUCAGUGCACGUCUAAGCAGGAUGAGAUGGUAUCAGUUAUCUAUGAGUUUGUAGACAAUGUUAAAGACCAUGACCCCGACACAGAGGAAGAAAACGCUGACACACUAAGACGCGUAGAAACACAACACACAGGAGGAGACACUGCAUGGAACAAGUGUUACAGAGUGACUGCAGUGUGUGUGGUGCUGCUGUGUGUUCUCCUGCUGUCUGCUGUCACAGUGUUGUGGAUAAAAGAGAAUAUCCUGAACACAGAAAACAUCCAGCUAAAGACCAGCAACAACAACCUGACUAAAGUGAGAAACCAGUUACAGACCAGUAAUAAUAACCUGACUAUAGAGAGAGACCAGUUACAGACCAGUUACACCAACCUGACUAAAGAGAGAGACCAGUUACAGACCAGUUACAACAACCUGACUAUAGAGAGAGACCAGUUACAGACCAGUUACAACAACCUGACUAUAGAGAGAGACCAGUUACAGACCAGUUACAACAACCUGACUAUAGAGAGAGACCAGUUACAGACCAGUAACAACAACCUGACUAUAGAGAGAGACCAGUUACAGAGGGAGAGAGACCAGUUACCGAGGGAGAGAGAUGAAUACCUGGGGACAUUUGUUGAUUUGAGGAAGUGUGUCAGCUUCAGCUCCAGUAUUUAUUUCAUGUCUAAUGAGAAGAAGAACUGGACUGAGAGCAGAGAGGACUGUAUAAAGAGAGGAGCAGACCUGGUGAUCAUAAACAGCCAAGAGGAACAGGACUUCAUCACUAAACAGCUGCACGUAAGUCAAGCUUGGAUUGGUCUGAGUGACAGAGACACAGAGGGAGAGUGGAAAUGGGUGGACGGUACACUACUGACCUCUGGGUAA